CUUCGCGUGUCUACCAACUCUGAACUCCCAGUUUCCGCGCCUCGCCGCCGCCCCGCGCUCUCCAUUCUGCAUCCGGGGUCCUUGCCCAGGGCCCACCCCCAACCUCGGGGCUCCUAGCUGAGCCCCAGGAGGACCGGAGCCGGCGGGUGGAGUGGCCAGGUGAGCCCUGCAAGGUGGGGCGGGGCGGGGGCGCUCCGGGCCCCACCCAGGGAUCCGGUGACGCCGGGGCUGGAAUUUGACACCGGACGGCGGCGGGCAGGAGGCUGCUGAGGGAUGGAGUUGGGCUCGGCCCCCAGACACGGCCCGCGGGCUCCGCCAGCAGCAGGUCCCUCGGGCCCCAGCCCUCGCUGCGACUCGGGCUCGGAGCCCCACACCCGAGGCCACAGACCGGCUGCCAAGGCCACACUUCGGGCUAGAAGAGGUGCUGCCAGGUGCACAGCCCUGGGCAUGAGCCUUUUGAGCUGCGGGGGAAAGCCCAGCGCUGGUCCUUGGAACGGUGCCUAGGAGGACACGGCGCCGACCCCUGUGCUGCCCCGAGGAGAGGGUCGGGGAGCAGGUCCACACACGCUGAUGGGAGCUCCUGGUGUUGUUGGAGAUGGAACUCGGACUCGGAGGCUCUUCGGCGCUGUUCCCCUGCCUCGUGCCUAGGCGGCAGCCUGCCCUGUGGCCCACCCUGGCCGCUCUGGCCCUGCUGAGCAGCGUCUCCGAGGCCUCUCUCGGCCCCGCCCCCCGCGAAAGUCCCGCGCCGGUCCUGGCGCCCCCCACCGGCCACCUGCCGGGGGGCCGCACUGCCAGUCCGUGCGGAGGAAGAGCCCGGCGGCCGCAGCCCCCGCAGCCCGCGCCGCCGCCGCCCGCGCCGCCGCCGCCGCCGCCGCCACCCGCGCCUCCCCGUGGGGGCCGCGCGGCGCGCGCGGAAGCCCGGGGGAGCCGCGCGCAGGCCGCGGGCUCGAAGGGCUGCCGGCUGCGCUCGCAGCUGGUGCCGGUGCGCGCGCUGGGCUUGGGCCACAGCUCGGACGAGCUGGUGCGCUUCCGCUUCUGCAGCGGCUCGUGCCGCCGCGCGCGCUCCCCGCACGACCUCAGCCUGGCCAGCCUACUGGGCGCCGGGGCCCUGCGACCGCCGCCCGGCUCCCGGCCCGUCAGCCAGCCCUGCUGCCGGCCCACGCGCUACGAGGCCGUCUCCUUCAUGGACGUGAACAGCACCUGGAGGACUGUGGACCGCCUCUCCGCCACCGCCUGCGGCUGCCUGGGCUGAGAGCGCCCCCGCCCGGCCCCGCCCCCCGGGGCUUGUGCGCUGGACCCGGCCCGCGCCUCUCGCUGCCUAGGACCCGCCAGCUGGGGACUUGGGCCACAGAGCCGAGGCCCCAACCUGCCCUGGAGAGAUGGAGAGACAGCGGA